CUUCCUCCUUUACGUUGAACAGCUUAUACCUUUAUCGAUCCGCUCCACUUCAUUGUCCAUGGAGUUCAUUCGAUCCUUCUUCAGGACCACCAAGGUCUUCUUUACCAUCUGCUUCUUUUACCUCAAACUCAUCUUCAUCUACCUCUCCAGGUGGUAUGAGCCUUCCCUACGGACCAAGGGGAGCUACAACCAUGCGAUUGUGGUCAUUGGAGACGACCAUGCGCUAGGCGUAGGCGAUUACAGCACUAUCACUGCUGGCUCAGGUAUCGCUCACAAGCUGUCCAAAGAAUUGGCCAAGGAAGUCUCUAUUCGUCAAUCAUGGCAGAUAUUCAACCGUGGAGAAUACAAGACCUCCACUGAAGAUUGGCUUCUUCCUGCGGAUUCUAAACGAUUGGAGAAACCAGAGCUGUUGGCACGACUUCUUCAGGAUCCCAAAUACCUACGAGCCGAGAUUGUCAUUAUCAUGCUCGGAUCCUAUGAUGUAUUACAAAGAAACCCAUCAUUGACGCCUCAGGACACACUCCGUAACUUGGAGUUGAUUUGCCAGGCAUUGAAGCGUACGGGAAAGGAAGGGAAGUCGAUUUAUCUAUGCACCAUUCCCACUGCAGGAGAUGAUAUCUAUUUGACAGAGCAACAGAGGGUGGAUAAACUCGCGAGGAACCGUCUCAUUGAAGAAUAUGUCAAAAAAAAUGACGAUGGUGUGCUUCCAGGACUCCAGAUCGAUUUGGCGAGCAAUUUUGAGAUGAAGCGCAAGAAUCUGUAUUGGCAGAAUGGUCGCCACUUUAGUGAGAUUGGAUACACCAAGAUGGCCAAGGAUUGGGUGCCUGUGAUCCGACCAGACAUGGUCAAGAGAGAAUUUGCUCUCUUCCGAUCGGAUCUUGGCCUUUGAGCGCUGCCUCGGGGUUCUUACAAGGUUGACGAAGAAAUCUCCCUUAUCGUUUCUCCACUCACUUCACAUCGAGCCAAUAAAGCAUUCAUCAAUCCAU